ACUCUGUCACCGACUCAUCCACACAUCCACCACACACUCACACCCACACCCUCUCUCCUUCUUUCUCUCCCCUGAUGCAGAUGAUAAAAGCCCCAUCCUCCCGACCUCUAGAUGUCUUCUUCGUUCCAAUACAUCAUCAUCAUCCUCCGAUAACAUCGAGUAUCUCAAGCAAGCGAGCCCUCCAUAGCCACUUCUUGAUUUCUCCCCCCUUCCUAAUUUUUUUGUUUCGAUCGUUUCGCGACUUUGACAGUCAGGAUCGUCAAUUUCCAGUUUUUAACUCUCUGAUCGGAAACUACGACUUUUUUCUUCUAUACUUCACCAUCCCCACAUAUUCGGGUCUUUACAGCAGUCUUUGAUAGCCUGCCCGAUAAUUCGCUACCGCUACCGGGUACCACUUUGAACCUUUUUUUCGACCUUGUCAUCCAUACAAUCUUAAUUACUACACUUAAUCGUUCCCACCGACAAACACUUUACAAUAAUGUCUCGUUCACCAGCUGGAACCACCUUCAAGCUCCGAACCCCCGCUCACAUCGAGUCGUGUCAUCUUGUCGGCUCUUGGGAUAACUAUGGGAAGCGAUACACCAUGGCCGCCGACACCGCCGCCGGUGCAGGAUGGUGGAAAUUGACCCUCAAGUUCCCCACCUCGGGAGUGCAGAGAUUUUGGUACUACGUAUGCAACCAUUUUUCAUCGUGUCACAUCAUUAACCUUUUCGUUAUUUUUAUUUUUUUCAUUUCAAAAAAAAUCCCUCCCUCCCUGCUCCGUUCGCCUGCGGAUGGCUCGACCUUUUUCUCUUCUUUCUCUUUUUCUUUUCCUUUUUCUUUUCUUUUCAUUUUUCCUUGAGUAUAACUUAUCGAUAUCUCUUCUCUGUCCUGAUUAGAUGAGCAAAUCCCGCUAACUGGCUUUGCAGUAUGUCCUUGACGGAUACUUUGAGUCCCAUGAUCCCAACAGGCCCACUUGCAAGGAACCCACGCGUGGAAUCACCCUCAAUAUCCUUGACUGUGGCGCAGCUACCUCCCCUACUCCUUCGAGUGCCAGCUCUUGGUCCUCGUCUAGCUCGCACAGCUCUCGCUUCCCAUCCCCUUCCUCGUCCGUCUCUCCUGUCUCUGCAUCUUCGGGCAAGAGCUAUCGUUCUCGACCAGCAAUCUCGGACCCCGUCCUCCGAGGAUCGAGUGCGCUUCCCCCCAGCUCGCACUCACACCGCCGUCGCAAUUCCCCUCCUCCAGCACGCCCAGCUUCUCACAUUGUCCAACCAGUCCCUCGCAAUCCUCUUACCCAGCACAAGUUGACCCUUGACACUUCAUGCCGACCAAUCUCUAUGAUCACUACUGCUGCCACAACUGCCGGUGACUCUCCCAUUUCGGCAUCUUCAUCCCGCUCCGCAUCGUCCCUGGGAUCAUUCUGCUCUUCAUGCUCCUCCGGUUCCACAGUGUUUUCGGAGGACUCACCAACCACACCCAUCUGCCACUGCGGUGGAUUCGAGUCCGGGUGCGAGAGUGAGGGUGAGAGCUGCUGCUCUGAGGAGAGCUACCAGGACGAACAUGAGCAAUACCGGCGCGUCAGAAUUUCGAGAAGAGCCAGCUACCACCCAGCCAAGGCUGGUCAUGGCGGACAAUUGGCUUACGAGCUCGAACGCAGACUCAGGAUGUAGAGGGCGUCUACACUCAACAACGAUUUCCUACUUUAUCAUUUCUUUUCACGUCUCUUUUUUUUUUAUAAAAGUUCGUUUCACAGGAGUUUGGGGGCGGUUGGGCGGAAAGGCUAGAGGCGUUUUUGUUUUGAGGAGUUUGUCUUAUCAUACACUACUUUUACUUUUAUAUUUUAAUCUUCGGCCCUGGCAGGCGGGAAGGGGCAAUAGAGUCAGGAGUCUCCUUUUUUUCAUUGGAGCUGGAAACUAAUAUCUACUAAUAUCUUGACGAUAUUGAGAGAGAAACGGCCAUCCUCUUGGGCAAUAUCCCUUUAAUCUUUGUUUGAUGCAGGAUAUUACACCUACCGCAUUUGUUUUGCACAAGUUCCACCUGUGUUUUCUGUCUCCCGCAUUUUAACGCUUUAUGGUUUUUGUGUCACUUCAUGUUUUGUCGGUGGUUUCGUUUUAUGUCCGUCCCGUCUUAAGCAGGAGUUGGGAGGACUUUAUUCGUUUGAUGGAUGCAUCGCAUUAAUUUUAUGUCUAUAGAUCAAGACUAGGAUGACGAGAGGAAGAAAGAAUGAAUAAUGGAAAUGAGAAU